AUUUACACUUCAUAUUCACCGCAUAACACAAAGUUCACAAUCCUUUCUUUCUUUCUUGCUUUCCUUGUUUCUUCUCAGACGGCGUCGUCUCGUUAUGGCUCACGCCAUUCUUCUCUCCGACUAGAAACCCUAAUUUCGCCAUCCGUACGCUGCAGAUUGCUUUUAAGUAUCCGUAAAAGCAUUAUUUCUCUCCACAAAGAUUAGGAUUUAUGUCCAAUAAUCAAUCAAGGGGUGAAAGGAGCGAGUUUUCACAGUACAGGAAAUCCGGCCGAUCCGGUAACUCGAAUUAUCAGAGCCACUACGCGGGCGGUAUACCUAGUAAGGGCGGUGGCGGCGCCUCAUCCGCCACUUCGAAUCCCGGCAACCGCAGUUUCAAGAAGUACAAUAACAAUGCACCAGCAGUGCAGUCGAGAGUUAGAAGCCCUAACGUCGAUUCAGACAGUGGUACAAAUGCUGCUCACAAUGGUCCUAAUCAACAACCACCAACUGGAAGAGUGUCUGAUGCCACACUUACUAAUACAUCUUCCAAUCCAAUGCUGCCUACACAUGCUCCAAGUCAAGAGAACACUCGCGCUGUUCCUCGUUCAUCUCCUACUGUGUCUACUGCGGCUUCAACAGCCAAUGCCUCUGCUGCUGAGCCUGAAGCACCUAAAACACCCGUAAAAGAUGCAUCCAAGUCAUUUCCUUUGCAAUUUGGGUCCAUAAGUCCUGGUCUUAUGAAUGGAGUGCAGAUACCUGCUCGAACAAGCUCCGCACCACCAAAUCUGGAUGAGCAGAAGAAAGCUCAGGCUCGCCAAGAUUCCUUAAAGGCUGCUCCUGCUGUUCCAAUCCCAUCAGUACCCAAGCAGCAGUUGCCAAAGAAGGAUUCUGGGAUUGUUGACCAAAGUAAUGCUGGUCAAGUUCAACCACUUUCCAAAUCAAAGAGGGACACACAAGUCUCAGCUCCGCAAUCAGUGAGUCAAACCCAGAAGGCUGCUGUACACCAUAUUCCCAGUAUGCCCGUACAACUGCCAUUUCACCAGCCACAGGUUCCUAUUCAAUUUGGCGGUCCCAACCCUCAAAUUCAGUCUCAAGCUAUGUCUGGAACAUCAUUGCCCCUGCAGAUGCAGAUCCCAUUACCUUUGGGGAGCCCACCUCAGCCAAUGUUCAUUCCAGGCAUUCAGCCCCAUCAUCCUGUACAGUCUCAAGGAAUGAUGCAUCAGGGACAAAAUUUUCACUUUCCACCACAGAUGGGCCAUCUUCCUCCCCAGUUAGGAGGCAUGGGAAUUAAUAUGGCUCCACAGUUCCCUCAGCAGCCAGCUGGGAAAUUUGGGGGUUCUCGCAAAUCCGUGAAGAUUACGCAUCCAGAAACUCAUGAAGAGUUGAGGCUUGACAGCUCACCCGGGCCAAGGCCAAAUCCUAACAUGCCACCUCAAUCACAGCCCAUGUCUUCAUUCCCUCCCAAUCGCCCAAUGAAUUUUUAUCCCAAUUCUUACAGUGCCACUCCCCCCUAUUUCCCUCCUGGUAGUGCUGUUUCUAAGAAUACCAAUCAGGUUUUGUCUGCACCCCCUUCUCAGCCUCCGAGGUCAUAUAGCCAGGUGACUGUGAAGCCGCCUGCAAACUUUCACGGGGAGAAAAAGCAGUUGCCAGCUUCAGGUUCUUUUGGAGAGGCUAAGUCUUCAGAACAUAAAGGUUUACAUGUGGAAGAUUCAGUUCUCCAUCAGAAUGAAGUACAGCAUUCAUCUUCGAGCUCCUUGGCACAGUUGAAGCCUGGUUUGCAGACAUCAUCCACGUCUGCUCCACCUUCAGGUUCUAUCAAUGUGGAGCUUGUUGUAAGCAACCCUUCAGGGUCUAUUCCAACUCCCGUGGAUGGUUCUGCAUCAAUGUCAACAAGUUCUACUGUUGAAAAUAAACCCAUUCAAUCAGAGAGCAAGGGCAAGGAGGACCAGGUUCCUAAGCAAUCGAUUGUGCACUCAAGUGUGGCUGCACCCGUCUCAGAAGCUGAAACACUGAAAACAGAAUCAAAUCUGUCUAAAGAAUCACCGUCAACAAUGGGUGCUACUUCUGAGACUUCUCAUUUGACAAGUGAGAGUGCUAAUGAAGAAAAGCUAGGUGAAGCAUCUUGGAGUUUAGACUUCAAAGGUGUAGAUAGCAGACAGUCUGAAAAUGAGAUAAAUGGGAGAAAGGAGCCAGAAGAAGCUAUAACGUCAAAAAAUUCAGAACUUGACAAACACAACCUGGACACCUUGGAACAAACUGGGAAAAAAUUAGAGAAGUCUUUAGGUUCUUGUUCCAUUGAUGCUAAUGUCAGUGAUAGUACAGUUGUGGCCACCCAUGAAGAGGUUGGUGGAAAUGCUGAGAGUUGUGUCUCAGUGAAUUGUUCAUCCAAACAGGAUAAUGCAUCUGCUAGCUCAGAUGUAUUAUCAAGUGUGGCUGAUAGCACAGGCACAACAGAAAUCAAUGUUAUAAAGCCUGCUUCUAUAGACCAGGAGACUGCCCCAGUCUUGGUACCAUCUCUGCUUGAUGUUACUGCGAGAGCUGAAAAUGAAAAUAUUGAGAACAACGGUGGCAUAGUUUCGCCUUCAUUGAGUGUAAAAGAUAAUGUUUUAUCAGAUGCAAAUGUGACAAAAGCUGUUGUUCCCCGAGGGAAGAAGAAGAAGAAGGACUUGUAUCGAAAAGCAGAAGCUGCUGGGACCAGUUCUGAUCUGUACAUGGCGUACAAGGGCCCUGAAGAAAAGGAGAGCUCAACCCCUGUGGAGAGCAUUGAAAAUGCUUCAGCAACUGGCCCCAAGCAGACAUCUGCUGACAUAUCUCCAGAGAAGCAUGUGCAAAGGGAGAUAGCAGUGGUGAAUAAGGCGGAGCCCGAUGACUGGGAAGAUGCCGCUGAGAUCUCUCCACAGUUAGGAUCCUCGAAGAAUGAAACUGAGGGUAAUGGCAAAGAUGUUACUGGCUCAAAGACUAAGAAGUACCACCGAGACUUCCUGAUGAAAUUUAAGGAGCAAUGCACUGAUCCUCCUAAGGGAUUUAAUUCUGGCAUAGAUGAUGCAUUGAUGCUCUCUGGUUCACGAGAGUCAUAUCCUAGUCCUGGACGAAAUAUAGCUAGGCCAGUUGGGGGUCCUACAGCUGAUCGUCGUUUGGGUGGUGAUGAUGAUAGAUGGAAUAAUUUCUCUGGCCCUCUUAUGCCUGGGCGAGGAGACAUUAGGGCGGACAUGGCAUAUGCAGGUAAUAUCAUGAAUUUUCGGCCUGGCCAAGGAGUUAAUUUCGGUGUUUCAAGGAAUCCAAAGGCUCAGAACCAGAUUCCUUAUGGUGGGACAAUCUUCACAAUGCAGUCUCUUGGCCAGGGUGGCUUUCCAAGAAAUAAUCCUGAUGCUGAUAGGUGGCAGCGAGCAACUAAUUUCCAGAAAGGAUUGAUGUCUUCUCCUCAGACACCACCACCUGUGAUGCACAAAGCUGAAAAGAAGUAUGAGGUGGGUAAAGUUACUGAUGAGGAAGAAGCAAAGCAGAGGCAGCUAAAGGCCAUACUGAACAAGCUUACUCCGCAAAAUUUUGACAAAUUGUUUCAGAAGGUUAAGGAAGUGGGCAUUGAUAAUGUUGUCACACUGUCUGGAGUGAUCUCACAAAUUUUUGACAAAGCUCUAAUGGAACCAACAUUCUGUGAGAUGUAUGCGGAUUUCUGCUUUCAUCUUUCUGCCGACUUGCCUAAAUUGGAAGUGAAUAGUGAGAGAAUCACUUUCAAGAGGUUACUUUUGAACAAAUGCCAAGAAGAAUUUGAGAGGGGAGAAAGAGAGGAACAAGAGGCAAAUAAAGCUGAUGUAGAAGGUGAAGUUGAACAGACAAAAGAAGAGAGGGAAGAAAAGAGACUUCGAGUACGGAGGCGAAUGUUAGGUAAUAUUAGAUUGAUUGGAGAGCUGUACAAGAAGAGGAUGCUUACGGAGAGGAUCAUGCAUGAGUGCAUAAGUAAGUUGUUGGGUAAUUAUCAUAAUCCCGAUGAAGAAAACAUUGAAGCCUUGUGCAAAUUGAUGAGCACAAUUGGAGAGAUGAUAGAUCACCCAAAAGCAAAAGACCACAUGGAUGCUUAUUUUGACAUUAUGGCACGAGUAUCUGUUGAUAUGAGAGUGUCCUCUAGGGUUAGAUUCAUGCUUCAGGAUGCUAUUGAUCUGAGAAAAAAUAACUGGCAGCAGAGGAGGAAAGUUGAAGGUCCCAAAAAGAUUGAAGAGGUUCACAGAGAUGCUGCACAAGAGCGACAUGCACAAUCUGGCAGGAUGCCCCGUGGUUCUAGCAUGGGCAAUUCUGCUAGAAGGGUUUCAUUACAGACAGAUUUUGCUCCUAGAGCACCUAGUGUAUUAUCAUCUCCCGGCCCCCAGAUGGGUGGAUUCCGUAGUAUGCCAACCCAGCAACGCAAUUAUGGUUCACAGGAUGCACGGGUGGAUGAGAGAAAUUCAUAUGACAGGACCGUGUCUGUUCCUCUCCCUCAAAGACACCUUGGUGGCGAUGAUUCCAUAACACUUGGUCCCCAAGGUGGCUUGAUGUCCUUCCGAGCCCGUCCAACACUACCAACCAAUCAGCUGCCUGAGGCAACGAGACCUGUUGAUGCUCGAAGAAUGACCCCUGGUCAGAAUGGGUUCAGUUCUAUACCAGAGCAGGCUGCUUAUGGGCGAAGAGAGGAUGUAAUGUCAAGACAGAUGCCAGACCUUCAUUCUCACGAGUCAAAUACUACCCACGGGGAUAAGCCUACUCAUCCUCAAGGUGGACUGCUGAGUAGCACGAACAAUGUCUCUUCAGAAAGUGCAUUAACAGAAGAUCAAUUGAAGGACAAGUCCAGGGCUGCGAUUGAAGAAUACUACAGUGCAAGAGAUGAUGAAGAAAUGGUUCAAUGCAUCAAGGAUUUGAAUGCCCCUAGGUUCUACCCCACAAUGAUCUCACUUUGGGUUGGCGAUUCUUUUGAGAGGAAAGAUGUGCAGAGAAAUCUCUUGACGAAGCUACUUGUCAGCCUUUCGAAAUCCGAAGACACCAUGAUAACUCCAGAUCAACUGGUUCAAGGGUUUGAAUUGGUUCUUACCAUCCUGGAGGAAGCUCUCACAGACUCUCCUAAAGCAUCCGAGUAUAUUGGGCUUACCCUUGCCAAGCUCAUUAUGGAAAAUAUUGUCCCCCUUUCCAGAGUCGAACAGGUGAUAUUCGAAGGGGGUGAAGAACCAGGCAGUCUUCUCAAAACUGGGAUUGCAGCUGAAAUAAUGGGAACCAUUCUGGAUGUGAUAAAAUCAGAAAAAGGUGAUUCUGAAUUGAACAAAAUCCGGGCAGGAUCAAAUCUGUCGCUCGAUCGCUUCCGACCACCAGGCUGUAAGAAAUCCUUGAGGAUAGAUAAGUUCCUGUAGAGAGAAAAAGAAAACAGAGAGAGAGGGAGGGAGGGACAGUGGAGGAAGGUAGAGGGUAUGGAGAGGUGAUCAUUUUUUUGGGUAGAAGCAAAAAAUCACUGUCUUGGUUUUUUCCUUUUUACAUAUCUUUGGUUUUAAAUUUUCCUUACAUAAUGGAACCGUUGUCAAUGUAGGAGGAGAAACCUGUUUUAUAUUAUCAUUACUAUUAUUGUUAUUAAUAUUAUUAUUAUUUAGGCAAGAAAUUAAAUUACAGGUUUCUCAGUUGAA